UGAGUGUGUGUGUGUGUGUGGGGGGGGUAGUAAUGUACUCCACCUCUGUAAUGUGAAAUGGAGGUCUGGAUGGGGGUCAGUACACAGGUUUAGGUGGGGCAGGACUGCAGUAGAUGAACAUGAAUAUUUUAUUCACGUCUCCGAUUGCCUUUCAUCCAGCAUCCGUCAGUGUGCCAACUUCCCUGAUGAGAAUCAGAGAGAGAGAGAGAGAGAAGUACUAUUUGAAGAGCUAGAUGGAGCAGGGAGGUGAUGCCUUCUGAACGAUGACGUAUACAAACCAAUGUAUAUGGGAAUUACUCUGCAAAAUAGCUGGAUUGGAGUUGUUUCAGAAAAGACCUGUAAUUCAACUGUCGUAUGCUGAAAUCACCCGGGGAAAUAUCAAUGUGAAGCGUGAGAGAGGACUCGUGGGAGGGAUCUAUUGAUGCGUGGGAGGGAGUCGGUGCUGAAGGGUGAAGUAACUUCGCUGUGAGCUCAGUUGAACGGAAGGCGUUGUCUGCCGAAAGAUUAAAGACGAGAAAGGAAGAGUUUGUGUGUGUGUGUAGCGGUGUGAGGGAUGCCUCGGCGUAGUGGGGCCCGUGACAACGGGGCUGAGGUGAGCCAGCGAACCCCCCAAGGGAGGAGAAAAUACCCCCAAGUUGAGGAGCCUUCCACACCCACCAGAGAGGCCACAGGAUCUAUGAUGCCACAGGAUCGGUUGCCUAUGAUUGGCUCCUCUGGGAGUAAGCCAGCAGCCAAGCCGACUAUGACAACCCACCAGCGCCCCUCUCAGGCCGCACGGAGGAAGCGCACCCAGACGGGCCAGACCUCCGCCAACCUUCCCCCGGACAGCAUGACCCCGUGGGGCGGACUGUCCCUGUCCGAAUCCUCCUUCACCAGAAUCCCUCCGCCCCCGCCCGCCCCUCUCCCCACACCUCUGCCCCCCCAACUCCCCCGACACCUGUCGGGGGGUGUCGGUGUCCGGAGCCCUGCCCCCUCGCCCCCAGUCACAGCUCCCACGGAGGGGAGCAGGGCCGUGAGGGUGAGGCGCAGGGUGCCCCCCAGCACAGGCUCCCCGUGCCCCCGCUUGCCCCCACUCAGACCCGUCACCAACCUCAGCUUCUCUCGCAGCUUCACCUUCUCCUUCUUUGAGCUGCCACUGCACCAGUCCCCCCACAGCCGCGCUGAACGCGUCCGAGACCUCAUGCUGCUGCUGAGACAGAUCCAGUACUGACUAACCGCACUACACCGUGACCCAGAGCAGCGACUCAGUACUGACCACAGCAUGGCUAUUAACUAGGACAAUACUUGACCACUCACCAGGACAAUGGUCCAGCUCUGGUUGCAUCACAAUUACAUCAAGUCCAAGCACUGGCACCGGUGGUCAGGCACGAUCCUUCUGAAAAUGCGGGACUACUGUCCAGUACUGACCAACUUGAUGGCACACCAAGGACCACAACAGGACCAAGGUUAUCUGCAGAUAUUCUGAACCCUUUCUGAUUAACUCAGUCCAGGGAUACUGCUUUUAAAGCACAUUUAUUCUCAGCGUUUGUAUGUUAGUGUGCCCAGUGAUUGGAGUACUAAACAUUUGUGUGUGUGUGUGUGACGUGUUAAGAAUUUGUUUGUUCUUAUUGGCUGUCUGGAUCUGGGGGUGAGGCUUUGAGACAGUGUAGCACGGGUUAAAUUAGGUAAUUUAUCAGAUUAAAACGUAUCAACAAAAAAAUAACAGAUUUUUUAAAAAACAUACCAAGUUAAAACUCAGAAUAAUUGGAUGCUAGAGUUUUAUGUAGCCUGAUAUGCUAAUCAAAGUCUGUCUAAGUUCAUGUUUCUUGUAGUAGUUAUAAUGUGGCAAAUGUUCCCAUUGUCGGUUGGUAAUCAUUCUCUCCCAAGACAUGGUAAUUUAAACAUCUGUAUUUCUCUCUCAAAAUCAUAAGAUUAUAGCAUUUAAUUUAGUCGUCUUUACACUUUAUACGAUGUAAAGAAAGUUCAUGUUUGAUCUAAUGUGUCAAUGUUUAUAAUGUAAGGCUGGCAAGAAUUCUCUCCUGAGACUUUUCAACGUCUCCAUUUGUGUCAGAAUUAUUUGGGCGCAUUUGUUUCUAGUCAUUAUGUCACUUUAUAUUCUACAAUGUGAUGUGGCAAAUGGCUAUAAUGCACAGCUCGUUUGAGAGCCUAAGAUGCUUUAUCCCAAGACCUUUAUGCAUAUCAGUACAGCAGAAGAAUCAACCCACACCUACAAAAUCAUCAAAAGUGGUGCACACUCAUACUCACACACCUCUAAGCUACUCCACAGACCCCCCGUGCUGACUGACAUGGUGUCACGUGUGGGUAUCUGAUGUCAGUGGACUUUGAGACGGGUGUGCCGAGGCGUUGAUGUUCAUUUGGACCUUUUCAUCAGGAUGACAAUCUGUGAUAACCCUGUCGUCUCUGUGAGAUCACGGGCAGGCACAUCCCCGGUGGCAUCAGGCUAAGGGGCCAGAGAUUCACAUCAUUUCAUUCCCAUCAAAACGUUGUUGUCUUUCGUUGUCUCAUGUUCCAGAGAAACCGCUGCAAUAUUUUAAACAAAUGUCAGGGGAUCAGAAUUUUAAAAGAGGAUCAUUUUUUAGCUUGUUUUUUUUAUUUUUUAUUUUUUUUACUGCCCCCUGAGCAUGUUGGUACAGUAUGUAUAAUUAUAAUUAAUAUAAUUAUUAUAAUAUGUCUACUGUACCAACUCUGCUCUACUACUUUGUGUGAUAAGACAUGAAAUGCUAGUUAAAUCGUGGGAUGUUCUACUUAUGUCCACCUUUUAUCAUGCCAAUUGAAGGUUACACCAUGACAUAGUUGACUACUCGAUUCUGGUUGGGCUCGAAGGGAAGUCAGUUUGAUCCAUUUUUAUCCAGUCCGUGAGACAUGUUCCAUUCUCCAUAACUUUUUGCUCCUUCUGUCAUUCCAAAGGACACGGAAACAACAGACACUGAAAUACAACCGGACUUUGUAUACCAGCUCACUUUUCCCUUCUCCUACUGAUAAUGCUAUUCGAUGCAGAGCCGAGUUUAGUUUAUUACAACGAGAGGCAUCUGACUUCACUUACACGUGUGACUCACAGUGUUUCUUGGACCAUGUAUUAUGGAACGGGCCCAGAUAGAUCCAGUCCCCACUGUCGACAAGAUCUUGUGGAAUUAUUAAGGAAUAAUUCAUGAUCCAAAUGUAAUCAGGGGCAUUUCCACUCCAAUCUGUGUUUGUUAACGGUUCCUAAAAGAUUAGAGUAUUACAGUAGUUUUGUGUUUCCCUGAUUUCAUAUGUGUAAUGUUUUCCUCAGGUCUCCACACUGUUGUAGGCGUUGAGGGAUUGGUUCAGUGUAGUACAGGCUGAUGUCUUGUAAUCCAACAACCAUUAUAAACUGGGUGGUUCAAGCCCUGAAUGCUGAUUGGCUGAAAGCUGUGGUAUAUCAGACCGUAUG